AUGCAAUCCAAAAUCCGUGCACCAAAGCGCAUAUCCUUCCUUCGCGCCAAACCGCUCCAGCUCUCACGUCCCCCAUCUACUACAGCUCCCAUUCCUCAACACGUACUUGUGGACGAGGAGCUCAGCCCCGGCUACAAUCCCAGACACUACUAUCCUGCAAAACCUGGGGAGGUCCUCGCCGAUCACUAUCGAUUACUGGUCAAGAUUGGAUGGGGAAGCGGUUCAACAGUGUGGCUCGCCCGAGAUGUCGCAAGAUAUCGAUGGCAGACUGAACGCAUUGUAGCCCUCAAAAUCCUCAACAACAACAAUGCCAAGGGUGCCGACCAUGAGCGUCGUAUUGAAGAACACAUCGCUGAGCAAACUCCUUCACACCGCGGUCGUCCGGUUAUUCGCAGUUACCUUGAAAGCUUUGAGUUUACAGACUUGAAACUCGGCAAUGUCCUCAUAACCUUCGAAAAUGAGAACAUCCUUCCGAUAUUCGUCAAAGAACAAGAAGAUACUCAGUCGAUGCAAUGCAAGACAGAUCCGGAAACCGGUCGCGUCAUCUACCGCUGUCACAACAACUUCGGACCUCUUGAUCCAAGUGGACUAGGGAAUAUAUACCCUCAAAUAACCGACUUUGGCGCCGCUACUUUACUCGACACCGGUGGAGAUGAUGGCGCCGUUCACCCAGGUACAGGAUACGGAGGGAACUUACCUCCCAGAAGCACACCUCGCGGAAAUGAUCGCCCUGCUUGGGCCCCCGCCUAA